AGUCGUUCGUAGAUUUGACAAGUUGGAAGUAUACUAAAUCGAAUUUCUAGAAAAAUGGCAUAUAAACUCUUCUAUUUUAAUAUUACUGCGCUUGGGGAGCCCAUUCGUUUCCUUUUGAAUUAUGGAAAUAUCAAAUUUGAAGAUGUUAGAAUUGAAGCAGCUGAUUGGCCUAAAUUUAAGCCUUUAAUGCCAUUGGGUCAAGGUCCUGUUCUUGAAGUUGAUGGUAAAAAACUUCACCAAUCAACUGCAAUUUGUCGAUUCUUAGCAACUAAGAUGGGACUUGCAGGGUCAAAUGAGAUGGAAAAUUAUGAAAUUGAUAGUGCUGUUGAAACAGUUAAUGACUUGAGAGCAAAAAUUGCAGCAGUUCAUUAUGAGCCAAAUGCGAAAAUCCAAGAAGAAAAACGAAAAAAUCUUAAUUCUGAAACUAUUCCUUUUUAUCUUAAAAAAUUGGAAGAAAUGGCUAAAGAAAAUCAAGGUCACCUUGCUUUGAAACGUCGUACAUGGGCUGAUCUUUAUUUUGUGGCCUUGGGAAGUUAUAUGAACUAUAUGGCAAAGAUGGAUUUAUUUACAUCUAAGCAUCCAUACUUGCAAGAGGUAUCGAUUAAUGUUUUUGCUAUAAGCAGCAUUAAAAAAUGGAUUGACACCAGGCCAAAAACUGAAAUAAUGAUAGGACCGAGUUCAUCAAUAAGCAAAUUACUCUUAACACUCUUGAUUGUUCUUAUUUGCUUCUUCGUGUAUCUUGAUAUUCAUCUUUACUUACGCAUCCAAAACUAUCCGAUAGAUAGAAAUAUUCACAGAAAUGGAACAUUGAAUAUGCAAAUACUCUCAUCAACUCCUAUUACACUCAUAGUUAACUAUAGCGAUGUCACUUGGGUUAAUUGUCAUAUAAACCCUCUUUGCGACGUGACAGUUAAAGCAUUGAUGUUAGAUCACACAAAUCACUAUAUAUUUGCUCCAAUGGCGACACUUUUUGAUGACCUCGUUGGAUUCAGCAAAUCAAAUUUUAUUACUCCAAAUAUGAUAUCAUUCUUUCACGUUUUUGUUGCUAUUCUUGCCGGGAGAUUAAUAGCUCUAGACAGUUUGGGCUAUCGUCGAUUAGGAGUCGUUCUAUUCCAAUUUCGAACAUUUUUGGAUGAUCUUGACGGACAUGUAGCUAGAGUUAAAAGACAUAUUCGUGGAGAGAGAAGUGAAAUUGGAACAACGGGUUAUUAUGUUGAUGGCAUUUGCGAUGGCUUCGGUUGCAUUGCUCUCAUGAUCGGCGUUUUCGUCUUUUUGAAGAAUAACCCUCCUCGAAGAGGAUAUACCCAACUGCAACCAAUCAUUCCUAUAGCUGAUCCUAAAUCUUCUGAAUCUGGUGUCAUUUACAAAGCGAAAGUCACAACAAAAAAAGUGUCACGAAAAGUGGGAUACUUUACAGCGCAACUUCUUUGCAGCUCAACAGCUUGGAACCGCUACAUUGCAUAUUAUCAAGACAUUCUCGAGAAAAACGACGUAACGCCAGCGCAGUUUGUUCGUCAAAACUAUGUGAUGAAAUCAACAUGGUUCUUUGCUAUCAUUUGGCUUUGGCGCAUCAUCAAUGUUCAUGCACUUCUGCAUUUUUUGCUUCUAAGCAUUUUCUGUGAUAAAUUAUGGGAUUAUCUUAAAAUGACGCAGUACAUUUGUUUUGUUUUUCUUCUAACAAUUGUAUGUGCCACUGAGUUACACCUAUGGGAAGCACAAAACUUUGUCUUCAAAACAUUAGUUGUCGCUAAUUUAGGAGGGUGAUCAAAUUGAUAGAACACUAAGAAUGAUAUCGUAAAACAUGAAAUUUUGAAUCUGCAACAAAAGUUAUCAAUUCUCAUAAAUUGUUAAGGGACAAAGUCAUUUGUUUUCUCUUUGUUACUAUUUUUAACUAAACCAGACACUAACUUUUGUGUUUCUCAGUCUCGAAUUUUUUAAUCUCAAUUAAAUAUUAAAUCCUUAUGAUUACUAAUCGUUCUUAUUGCCAUAAUUUCCAUAGAUGAAAAUGAAUCAAUGUGUUUGGAUUAGCUUGUAUGCAAUAACGUGUUUAGUAGUUAGAUGACAUGAUCAAUAACAAUAGUCAAAUGUUUUAUAAAUUGAUAUUAUGACGACAAUCUAAGUGAAAUAAAAUAUGCGAGAAUAUAAAUUUCGAUGACUUUGAAUGUUCCUUUUAUAAGAUAUUUUCAUGAUUAAAAAUGUGCGAAAUGAUUUUUUCAC